CAACAGUCGUAUUGUUGCGUCAUUGCCAUGGUAACGGUAUACCACUUCACUGCUGUUUUCAGUUUUUAGAGUUUUUAGAUCGACUUUGCAUGCUUUUUCCACCCUACAUAGAAAGCAGGACAUUGUGUUAAUGGAGCACAUCGGAAGCAGUUACAAUGGGGCAACAAAAUUUGGCAGGAUGGAAGGUGAAGGAGAGUACACCUUCCCUACAAAUACAAGAUAUGUGGGAGAGAUGAAAGAUGGAAUGUUCCAUGGCAAAGGAGUGCUGUACUUUCCAAAUGGAAUUAAAUAUGAGAGCACCUGGGAAAACGGCAUAGCCAAACAGGGGACAUUUACCUUUGCAGACGGACUGCAGUACCAGGAGAAGGACUGGAACUACUGCGAUGGUUAUGACAGACGCUUCUACACGGAGAGGUGCAAUGGCCUCAGACCUGCAGGAAAAUCUCAGAUAACAGAUUUACAUCCUCCACGAGCCAUUCCUGAUGGAUGUUAUGACUGUGGAGAUGGUUUCUAUAACCCCAGCACCAGAGUGGUCACAGCCUACACCGGCAGGUUUCUCAGGAGCGCAGAUGACCAGGAGCAUGAGUGGAUUGUGCGGACUUGUCGGAAGGCUUGGGAUGAGUGGACAAGGCUCCUGCAAUAUUUGUCUCUUCUCCACGCUGACUCCUGGAUGACCUUCGAGUUGGUUCAUGAGACAUCACUGAUGUUAGAUCAGGGGUUGGGAUCGGGAGGUCAGGGGUCAUAAGGGCCAUGUCGGAGAACUAGCGACUGAGGGGGAGCUGAGGCAGCGACAUGGCCUGAUGAGAGAGACUCUGAGAGGUCAGGACAGAGAAGGGAUGACCUGGGGAGCAAAUCAUAAA